AUGUCGAAACACCCACCUGCCCGAACGCAGCGUCGCCUACAGGACAACGGGCCGACUGCCGGUCAACAGAAACGUCCCCUCCAGCGCAGUUACCGCCGGUCUCAGUUGCAGUUGUCACCGCAGGCUCCAGUGCAGUUUGUUCACCGCAGGCUCCAGUGCAUUCGUCACCCGCAGGCUCCAGUGCAGUUGUCACCGCAGGCUCCAGUGCAUUCGUCCCCGCAGGCUCCAGUGCAGUUGUUUUCACCGCAGGCUCCAGUGCAUUCGUCACCGCAGGCUCCAGUGCAGUUGUCACCGCAGGCUCCAGUGCAUUCGUCACCGCAGGCUCCAGUGCAGUCACCGCAGGUUCCAGUGCAGUUGUCACCGCAGGCUCCAGUGCAGUCACCGCAGGUUCCAGUGCAGUUGUCACCGCAGGCUCCAGUGCAGUCGUCACCGCAGGCUCCAGUGCAGCCACCGCAGGCUCCAGCACAGUCACCGUCGCAGGCUCCAGUGCAGUCACUGGUGCAUUCUCUGGUGCAGGCACAGUCUCCUCUGCAGUCUUUGCUACAAUCUCCAACGUUGGAACCACCGCAGUCUCGUCCGUCUGACCCUCCUGGUCCUGUCUAGCCG